AAACAGAUAGUAAGCAAAGCAGAGAAAACUAUAGAAUAGAGCAAGCAUAACAAGCACACUUCGUUACAACAAGAAAUUAAAAUCUACUCUAGCAGCUCUCAUAGAAAGAGAAACCCAAUAAUGUCGAAAUGAAAAUGAAUCAUGCAUCAAAGGUUUACCGUUGCCGUUGAUAUGUUAGCUGAGAACAAACACUGAACUAUGUGUAUCUUCCGUAGUGUCCGUGCGCCUAGUUAGGAUUGGAAGCAAGCUGCAAGCCAGAGGUCUAAAGUCUUAACUCGAGCUUGUGGUUUAUUUGGGUAAAUAAUAAGUUUGAUGUGGUUAAGUACUUAUAUUUUGAUAAUUUAUCAGAUUCAUCCACUAUAUAAAAUAAAACACAUUCUUACGAAUCUUAUCUUUAAUUGUGCUUAUCCAAUUCGAUUUAGAGCACGUUUGGCUAAGCUUAAAAGCAGCUCAUUAGCCGCUCCUUUUUGUAUACCUCCAAUUCACUCCUGAUUCGAACUGCAAUCAAAAUUCUCUCUCAAUCAUGCUGCGGGUAAUUCGUCUUUCCUCUAAACCCAAAUCCAGAUUGACAUUAUUAUCAUCUCCUUCGAUCCAUUUAUAUUCAUCAAAACCUCUUUGUACUUCAACCAGAACUGAGUUUCCAUUUCGCAAUAUUUUUUAUAAUAGCUCAAGUUUCUUCCAUACCCAUUGUGGUAUAAACAACUUUUUCUGCUGUGGGUAUUCUCUAAAUUCAACAAAGAUCAAAACUUUUAACCGAAGUAAAAAUUGGUUUUUCUCAUCUGGGUAUUUAGUAAUUCCAACAAAUAUUGCGACUUCGAGUGGAGUGAGGAGUUUCGGUAGCCAACCAGUGUGCAGAGAAUCGAUGAACUACGACGUUGUGAUUGUUGGGGCUGGCCCCGCGGGAUUGUCAGCAGCUAUAAGAUUGAAACAAUUGUGCAAAGAAAAUGAUGUUGAUUUAUCAGUGUGUGUUGUGGAGAAGGGAGCUGAAGUUGGUGCUCAUAUCCUAUCCGGGAAUGUUUUCGAACCUCGAGCUUUGAAUGAACUUCUCCCUCAGUGGAAACAGGAGGAGGCACCAAUCCAUGUCCCUGUUUCUUCUGAUAAGUUUUGGUUACUUUCUGAGACUCGUGCUUUCUCCCUUCCAUGUCCAUUCAAUAAUGAAGGGAACUAUGUCAUAAGUUUGAGUCAGUUAGUGCGCUGGUUAGGACUGAAGGCUGAAGAACUAGGAGUUGAGAUAUACCCAGGUUUUGCUGCUAGUGAGAUUUUGUACGACACGCGUGACAAGGUUAUUGGUAUUGCAACCAAUGAUAUGGGAGUGGCCAAAGAUGGCUCUAGAAAAGACAACUUUCAGCCUGGUGUGGAAUUGAAGGGACACGUAACUCUUCUUGCAGAAGGAUGUAGAGGAUCUUUGUCAGAGAAAAUAAUCAGAAAAUACAACUUGCGAGAGAAAGGGCAUGGACAACAUCAAACUUAUGCUUUAGGAAUCAAAGAGGUUUGGGAAAUUAGUGCAGACAAUCAUGAACCUGGCUCUGUACUUCAUACAAUAGGCUGGCCAUUGGACCGCAAGACCUAUGGGGGAUCUUUCUUGUACCAUAUGAAAGAUAGACAGGUGGCUCUUGGUUUUGUGGUUGCAUUGAAUUAUCACAAUCCAUUCUUUAACCCUUAUGAAGAAUUUCAGAAAUUUAAGCAUCAUCCUGCCAUCAGACCUCUUCUUGAAGGGGGAUCGGUACUUCAGUAUGGUGCUCGUACUCUAAACGAAGGCGGUUAUCAGUCCAUUCCAUAUCCAGUUUUUCCGGGUGGAGCAAUUAUAGGGUGUUCUGCCGGAUUCCUGAAUGUACCAAAAAUAAAAGGAUCACAUACCGCGAUGAAAUCAGGCAUGCUAGCUGCAGAAUCUGCAUUCAACACGCUCCAAGAAGGCUCCCCACUGGAAUCCUUCUGGGACAAUUUAAGAACUUCAUGGAUAUGGAAGGAACUUUACAGUGCAAGAAACUAUCGUCCAGCAUUUGAGUAUGGUCUCUUUCCUGGUUUGACUCUAAGUGCACUAGAACACUACAUCAUGAAAGGAAGAUCCCCAUGGACGCUGAAGCAUGGAAAACCUGAUCAUGAGUCAAUUGAGGAAGCACAACGAUGCACGCCAAUUAACUAUCCAAAGCCCGAUGGGGUUAUAUCAUUUGAUAUUCCAACCUCUUUGUACCGGAGCAAUACAAAUCAUGAUCACGACCAACCAGCUCAUCUUCACUUGAAGGAUCCUAAAAUUCCAGAACUUGUUAACUUGCCUGUCUAUGCUGGACCUGAAUCAAGAUAUUGUCCUGCCCGUGUUUAUGAGUACAUACCAGAUGAAAGCGGUCAGUUAAAGCUUCAGAUCAAUGCUCAGAAUUGCCUGCAUUGCAAGGCUUGUGAUAUUAAAGACCCGAAACAGAAUAUCGAAUGGAAAGUUCCAGAAGGUGGUGGUGGCCCAGGCUACACAAUCAUGUAGAUAAUUCUAUUGGUCAUCAAUUUAGCUUUGUUGCAUUGUAGCUUCAAAUGAAUGCGACUUUGUCGUCUUCUUUUUUCGGUGCUAAGUAUCAUCUGCUACUAGAAGCUGUAAAAUCUUCAUUGGCCUGGGUUCGAGCCUCUUUUGGCCGAGGUAAAGGGGAAGUUAUCAACAUUUGCCAGAUUAAAUGUCGUUUUUUAUUCGACCACAGAGGAAGUUCAAACAUGAUCACCAACUUAGCACAUCGAUAUUAUGUAGAAAUAGAUUUCAACGAUAUGGUGGUUCAUCCACUCAUAUCACCUUGCAAUAACAAAUAGCAAAAUGUAACAAGAACCGUAAGAUUUAUAACCAGCUGAGAAAUGGAGUAAGGUCAGAAACAAAGGCUAUUAUUUCCUUGACAUUUAUAUGAUAUGUUUAGUACGCUA